AUUGCAAAACAAAAAAGUCCAUUAUGCGAAUAGGAACGCACUGUUUUACGAUUCUAUUCUUUUUCUAAGCGUAUUUGAUAAUUCAAUUAGGUUCCUCCGGCAACCAGCCAGUCACUUUUGCGGUCCAUGCACGAUGGGAAACAUUUUCGGAAAAACUAAAACAAAACCCGUCAGUCGGGUGACGGAGCAGGACAAAGCUGUUCUGCAACUGAAGCAACAGCGUGAUAAGCUAAAGCAAUAUCAAAAGCGCAUCGAACUUUCGCUGGAAAAGGAUCGCGAGCUGGCCAAGAAAUGUUUAGCCAGUGGGCGGAAGGAACGUGCCAAAACGUUGCUGCGCAAGAAAAAGUACCAGGAGAAGCUGCUGAGCAAUACGGACGCGCAGCUGGAAACGCUGGAAAAGCUUGCCUCCGACAUUGAGUUCGCACAGGUCGAAGCGCAGGUGGUGAGCGGACUGAAGGUAGGCAACGAGGCGCUUAAGAAGGUCAACGAAAUCCUGUCCAUCGACGAGGUGGAGCAAAUACUGGACGAAACAAGGGAGAGCAUCGAGAAGCAGCAGGAAAUCGACGCACUGCUCAACGGUGUGCUGAGCGAAGAAGAUGAGGACGAGGUGUUAGCCGAGCUGGAGGAUCUAAUCGGUGCGGAGCAGCCAAAGGAGCUGGAAACGGAGGACAUCUCCACCCGGUUGCCCGACGUUCCGGAUGAGGAACUCGUUCUGGAGCGCAAGCGCAAGGAGAAGGAUACAUCCGGAGCGAGCAAAAAGGUUGCCUUGGAGGCUUAAUGUGGAAGUUUGGGGUAGGCUGCACCUAGCACAGGGGCCCCCGUGGCUGUUCCGUGGACUGUUGCCAUCGGUUUGUAUGUCGCAAUUUUGCAACGAUUUGUGUAUGCUUCAUAUACAUAUGCCUUUAUGAGCGUUUAAUGUUUUUUUUUCCAAACGUUUUGGAAAACCUGUGUAAAUAAACAUAUUCUAACUAUGGGAAA